CUGGGUUUGUUGUGCCUGGAACCGAGAUGGGGGGAUUUUUUUGCAGCAAACCGGAGAAUUGUUAUGGAGGCAGACGAAGAACACCGUCCUAGCGGUACGAACAGGAGGACCAGUACACCCGGUGAGAAGCAAUGGCUGACGAUUUAGACGAUUUGGAUGACUAUCUGGAUGAGUUCCAAGAUGAAGUUUUCGCAGAGACGGACGCCAAAGAAAAGACACAAUCUACGCAAGAAUCUAAAGAGAGUGGUGGUGACAAUGCCACUUCUGCUGCCACGGCGGAGAAUCUGAAGGACACAAUUGAGGAGACGCUAAAUAGGCUCAAGACGAAAGUUGACCCCAAUGGUAAGAACGUGGAUGAGGAAUUGGAGGAGAUGAUGCAGAACAUGUCAUUGGAUGACGACAUCUCAAAGGCGUUAAUGGAGAGUAUGGGUGUGCUAAUGUCCAAAUCUAUGAUGUAUGAGCCAUUGAAAUCGCUAUCGGUGAAGUACCCUGAUUGGCUGGACAAGAACAAGGAUACGUUGGAACCCAAGGAAUACGAAAGGUACCAGCUGCAAUAUAACAUCGUUAAUGACAUUGUAAGUAGAUUUGAAAAAGAGGACUACGACGAUACGAAGGAUUUUGAGUACAUAUCUGGUAAACUGGAAGAGAUGGAGACAACUGGUAACGUACCAGAUGAAUUGGCAGACUCGAAACUGGGUGAUUUGAGUAACGUUGAGAUCAAAGAUGAAGAUCUGGAAGGUUGUGCACAGCAGUGAUCCCUUAUAGCCAUCUCCAAUCAAAAUGCUUGGUUCC